CGUUAUUAGAGUCGAUCUAUAGUUGUCGGUAAACGUCCACGAGAUACACAAUUGUUUCAUAGAGUUGACAGUUUGCAGCAAGUACGCAAAAAAGGGUAUCGUUGAACUGUUAUCUGGGGCGUUUUUUAUUCGCAAUAGUGAGUUGACACUUCAAAUCCAAUUUGAUUGAAAAGAUAAGGCAAUAAAAGUAUAUAAAGAAUCGCCAAAAUGUCUCUCUACCCUACAUUGGAAGAUAUGAAAGUGGAUCAUUUAAUGAAGGCUCAGGCGCAGGUUGAAUCACAAUAUGUCCCUCUACCAAUACCAACAGGAUCUGCAGUUCCUUCAGCGCCUGCUGAAAUUCCUUCCAUAUCGCAAUUGUAUCCAUCCUUGGGAGAUUACAUGGGACUUGAACUAAGUGAAGAAGCUAUUGCACAAAAUAUGCCUGAAUAUGCACUUGCAACACGUCCAAAUAUGGGAAUUUCAUCAUAUGAGACAAGUAAUCUAUCAUCAGGAAUGGUUGCUCCUUUAUCAGGACAAUCAAUGGCUUUGCAGAAAGCUGUCGUAACAAAUGGCAUCAGAGAACUAAUAUUAUGUAAGGAUAAGGAUGGAAAAGUUGGUGUUCGAGUACAUUCUGUGAACAAUGGCAUUUUUGUAUGUCUUGUAAGCCAGAAUUCUCCAGCUGCAAUGGCCGGAUUACGUUUUGGUGAUCAGAUCUUAAGUAUCAAUGAAGUGUGUGUUGCUGGAUACUCGAUGGAUCAAGUGCACAAGUUUUUCCGUAACGCGGAUACCAAUGGAAUUAAAGUGGUCAUACGUGAUAGGCCACUAGAACGCACUGUCACAAUGCUCAAAGAUAGUACGGGUUACAUUGGAUUUCAAUUCAAGAAUGGAAAGAUAAUCGCUUUAAUUAAAGAUUCUUCAGCUGCACGAAAUGGACUACUAACUGACCAUCAAAUACUCGAAAUUAAUGGAAAGAAUGUUGUUGGGAUGAAGGAUAAGGAAAUUACGGCAGAAAUUGAAAAAGGUGGAAAUAUCAUCACAGUGACAGUAAUUCCAUCCUACAUUUACGAUCAUAUGGUGAAGAAAAUGUCGAGCAGUUUGUUGAGAAAUUUGAUGGACCAUUCUGCAUUGGAUAUUUAAAUAAGAAAAAGGGAAGAAAUAGCCAGACUUAUGUAUACUGUAAAACUAUCAGUGGGCAUGUGCAUUACUCUCUGUAGUUUAGUAGCAUUACGAACAGAUGACUAUUUUACAUAUAGAUCUCGUAGGUGCCAAUACGUCAUAUUACUAUUGCAAGCAUAAUGUAUGUGAUAUCUGUUUCAAAUGUAAUGCCUACAUAUUAUGUGCCAAUUUUUGGUACUAAUUGGCUGAAAACUGCGAAAACCACGAUAUAUAUAUCAAAGAUUAUUUUUUUAUACAUAAGCAUACCAAAGCUUGCAAGGAAUAUGCGAGAUUAAUUGUUCAAACUUAUAUAUAUGUAUAUUUGAUUUCAAAAUGAUUUGAACACUUUUAUUACUUCAAUUACAAUUAGGAACGCAGCCGAUUUUUUAUUGAAAGAACUCUUGGGAAUUAAUUUAAUUGAAAAUAUGUUUUUUUUAUCAGACCAUCAGCUGCGUUCUAAAUUGCAUCGAGAAAGAAAAGUGUUCAAACUUUUUUGUAAUCAUGUGUACAUGCAAGGAAAGUGUUUCUGAUGCCAUUUACCUUAAUAGUUUAAACAAUUAUAUUGUACUAUAAGAUGAUUGUUUCCCCUUCAAUAUAUAUCACAAAACACUUAUUAAAUCUGUAUUGUUAUAUAUACAUGUCAGGAAAACUUGUGAUUAUUGCAUUAUGUAUUCACUGAUUACCAAUCAUUUACGAACUCCGUUCCGCUACAUCAUCGUCAAUGAGCAUGUACUUGUUCUUAAAGAUAAGAAAAACGACCGUCAUUUUUCUUAUAUAUUGUGCACCAUUGUGCAUUAUCAGGGCGACACAUAAAAACAGGAAGUAAA